AUGGUAUCAGAGCUCACCAGUUCGGAUUCUGAUCGGAUUUCUACUCGUCUCAACUCCACGAAUUAUUCGUUAUGGGAGUUUCAAUUCCGCGUCUUCAUCAAAGGCAAAGGGCUGUUCGGAUUGCUUGAUGGCACCUCGGCCAAACCCACGGUUCCGCCCUCAACCGAAGCUCACGUGCUGAAGUGGAUUCAGAACGAUGCUCGGGUACGCUCCAUGAUCAUGAAUUCAGUCGAUCCAUCCAUUAUCCUGGGAAUGCGUCUUCUUCCAACCGCUGCGGCCAUGUGGAAAUCACUCGCCGAGACUUAUUCCACUACCAGCGCCAAUCGGCAGUUAGAACUCGAGGUAGAGCUGGCCAACCUCCAUCAGGGCGAGCUCGAUGUGGCGUCGUAUUUCAAUGCGGCGCGUCUCCUUUGGACUGAGCAAGACCUGCUCACGGCAUCCCUUUUGACGCAACCGAUUCCCGCCGAACUCCAGGCUCAAAAGACAAAGAUCAGCUUGCUGCAAUUUUUAAUGAAACUCCGCCCCGAAUUCGAGUCGCUGCGGGCAACCCUUUUGAAUCGUGAUUCUCUUCAGCUGGAAGGAAUCCUGGCAGACUUGAUUCGAGAAGAGACCAGGCUGCGCACGCAGGCAACUCUCGAUGCUCGACCAGGAAGGGCGGACGUCGCUGUGUUCAGUGUCCAACGCCCCGCGAACCAGACUGCUGCUGCUCGUCCCAACUCUGCUGUCUCCCGCUCCCCUGCGCAGGCCCAGCAGUCCGCUCCAGCUGCUGAUGACGAGCUGCAUGACGCGGCGUACGCGCCGUACCGAUCUGGACCUCCUCGACGUCCUCUCUCGGAGGUGGAAUGCCACCAUUGCCAUGAGAAGGAGCAUACCAAAAAGCUGUGCCGUAAGCGUAACUUUUGUGUUUAUUGCAAAAAACGUGGUCAUAUAAUUUCCGAUUGUGAGUUGCUACAGGAAAGUAUGGGUGAUGUUGAUAAUCUGGGUUCUAGCGGUGGCCGUACUGGGCGCUAUGAUAAUUCUCGUGGACGAUCUCGCCCAGCUUAUGCCACUGCGCCAGCUCCCUCUACCGAUGGAGUGCUUGUCACUCCUGCUGCUCUCGAGAAUAUGGUGAACAAGGCCAUCUCCUCUGCUUUUGCCAGUCUUCAGGUCACAGGUAAUGAAGACGGGGAGGGAGCUCGGGAAGGGUAG